GGACGGGGUUGCAGGGACCAAUCAAAUCGCUUGGUGGCGCGGUUUUUCCCUGAUCAUCUUAGCAAAGUCAAAUAAAACUCGCGUUCGAUACUCCACGUCCGACUCCUUUUCUACGGCGCUAAAACCUAAAGUUCUCGUCAGUAUUCUAGCCAUGUACACAAUUCGUGCGGUCUUCAGCCUACUGACACUCUGUGGCGUUUGUGGGGAAAACAUGCCAGUGUUCGCCGUUCAAGCCGUUUCGGGUGAAAAAGUUGAAUUGCCCUGCAAAGCCGAGGGCAAAGUGGGGGUGCAGUACAUGUAUGUGAGCUGGUACAGGAUGCAGCUGGACGGUGAUCCGCUGACGUCGCAGCGACGGGGUCUGGUGUUACGCGACCUCCCGGACGGCGCGGUGGAGCACUUUGCAGGGCUGACGCGGGAGGUGGUGCUCGACGACACGAUGGCCAUCCUGCUGCCCAACGUGACGUGCGACGACGGCGGGAAGUACGGCUGCUUCCUGGAGGCGCCCGUCGGUGAGAGGAUCCAAAAAGGAAUGGUGGUCCUCAAGCUGUCGGAUUGUAAGGACGUUGCUGUCGGAAACCCCGCCAUUCCCGUUGGAAAACUAAGAGUGUGUGAUGAAUUACCGAUGGUCAGUCUGGUUUCCAUUGUGCUGGUGCUUGGAGUGGCGGCCUACUGUUAUUUCAGAAAGCGCCAGCAUGACCAAAAGAAAGUGUGGAAAGCAGAGGACGCAUCACUUCAAGCUAACCUCAGCUCUCGGGCCGUUUCAGGAUCCUAGUUCUCCCCAGAUGACCGCCAAAACGCAAAACGGGGUUUUAAAUUCUUUGAUGGUGAUUGGGUAAGCACUGUAUGAAAAUACGACGGGAAAUUCAGUCGUAGGUUAAGAUUCCUUGACUAGAAUUCAGUACGAUGGAGUCUUGAGUACAACAAUUGAAUUCCGGCGGCGAGCGUGCUCAGAUUCACAACACUCUAAUAGAGGGAUUUCACUGACGUCAACGGAGUGCGGAAGUCGGCGUUGGCGGGGGGACGGGGGCUCAAUAUCGCACAUCAAGUGCCCGGGUGCCCCAUAGUUCAGUAGUUUUCGAGCAUUGGUUUGGUAAACCAGGGGUUCAGAGUUCGUAUCUCACUGGGGCCUCAACUCCCCAAGAGGGGUUGCGUCAGUAAAAGGGCACCCAGUGUAAAAACUGUGCCAAACAUAUGAGAUGGCACGCUGCGGUGACCCCUGAUGGGACAAGCCAAGAGGAAACUCACCUUUUACAUCAAGUGCACUGCAGAGGAGUAGAAAUGUCGCAAAGGCCUUGGAGGCCUCCAAUCAGAUGGUUUGAGGGUGGGUGAGAGAAGUCAAGGUUUGACUUGAGAACGGAAGGACUGUUGUUAAAGCAAAAGUAAGUUCAACGUCAAGUUAAGCAGCUGGCUUGAGAAACAAUAUAUCAUAGGUUACAUUUUUUUCCUCACUUCACAGGAGGAGUUCAAUCAUAACCGAGUCAUUUUUCCCCGUGACACCUUGGCUGAGGUUGACUAGUAAAGUCUACGUCGUUCUUCAGACAACUUUUUCAUUUUAUCUCCUUGAUUUUCGAUGAUUGUCGGCAGCCUGUAGAACUGCAGAUCUCGAUUGACGUCCCGUUGUCGCUACGUUCGAUCACUUGACAAAAUUGUCGUAAUGCGAUCAAAUGUUAAACAAAGGCAAAUUUUUUCAAAUGGCUGUUUCCAAAAGCUAUUCCCCCUGUCGUGGCCAACUUCCGGCUGUGCGAUGUCACAUGAAAUCCCUCAAUUGGAAAUCAUCUUUCUUGAUUGAAAUUAAGGAAAAUGCAAUUUAUAUUUUAAAGCCAACCCCCCCAAUACAGCAACUGUCUAUUCUAAUAAUGUUUAUUCUUAAAAAUAGAUUAAAUUUUAUAUCGCUAUUGCCAUCCAUGCUCAAUCAAAGUUUAUUAAUCCUGCUCCUCACGAAUAAAUUACAAUUUAAAGUGAUUUGCAUGGAUUAAAAACAACACCUCUUGCGGAAGAGUUGGAUAUAAGUACCACAAAUACAUCCAUCAAUUUUCUUAGCUGCUUAUCCUCACCACCGUGCGAAAAUGCUAUAUAGGUCAAAUUCUAAAGUUUCUCGCUGGUUUGUGAGCGCCAUCGUGUGGUAGCUUACACACACACAUGUCCUGGCGUGCAUGCUGACAGUGUUACCAGUGUGUGUUUGUGUAGUUUGGUGGACAUUUUACACAACAUUUGCAAAUGUUUGAACUAAGUGUGCAUACAAGGUGCAGCACACUCUCUAAUCUUAUCUAUUUGGAAGAUAAUUUAAUUUUCUGACCAAUGAUGACAAAAAGUAAUUUUUACCAUUAACGCAACUUCUGGUUUUGCCGACGAACCGGACAAGGCUCCCUAUGUCCCGGUUAAGAUGGGGAAUUUAAUAUUUUUGCCAUACAGGAUUUGGUGUCUAAACUAUUGAGACGCACAUCUUCAGCAUAACUGUGUUAGUUCACUUUGUACUUCCUAAUAACACCGGCAGAAUGGAGCGUUGAUAGAUAAAAGAAUAUUAAUACUGCCCUCCACAUUUCACCAUUAUUGGCCUCCUAUGUACUCUUUACAUCGAAUGAAAAUGUUUGCUUGUGUGUGGUCAACAUUUUUAUGUUCACUCUUACCCAUUAGGUUAUUAUCACCAUUUUCUUUGUGAAAAAGAUUCUACAGAGAAACUUUAAUAAUCAGUUUAGUUCAAUAGAUUGCUUUGACAGUGAUUGAUUAUAAAAUGUUACAUUUGUUGACAUUAUGCUAUAAUUAUCUUGAAGUCAGACAUUUUGCAGGUGUCUUUCCAGUUAAAUCAAAUUGGACCACUUUUGGCCCAUUAGAGGUUUCCAUAUGGAAGUAAACUACUGCCACCAGGAUUUGAAUUUGAAAUGUAAUGUGAAAUAGGAUUUUAAUUUGAAAUGCCACAGAAAACGUGAUUUGAAUUGUAAAGUGAUGACAUUGUCAAUAGUUGCUACAAGUCGCUGUCUGAAAUUCACCGUCCGUGCCACCAGGCAUGGUUACUUCAGGUCAGGGCCACAUCAGGCUUGCUUCAGGUCAGAACCGAACGCCCACCCAAUAGCAGGUACGCUUUCUGAACUCGCGUGACGUCACCCCUUAAGAAAGCGUAUCUGCGAUUGGAUGGCUGUUUGGUUCUGACCUGAAGUGACCCUGCCUGGUGGCACGGACGGUGAGUUUUGGACAGCGAAUUGUAGCCGGUUGAAUUUCAGACAGCGAAAACUUUGUUGUCUUUCUCUCUUUGUUGAUUUUGUGCUUUUUUUUUUUUCUUUCAAAGUGGAUUCCUCAUGAAUCCCCAUACAGUAUAACAUAGAAAAAAGUAUAGUUUUCCAGACGUAAAUGGGGAAUUGUCCUAUUACUUGAUGUUCUUUAUUCGUUCUGUAUGAGCAUUUAAAUGUCUAUUUUUUUUUACAAAAGACCUAUUUUUAUAGUCACAAUUAUAUGUCAUUUUUCAAGUUGACACCAAUUAAUUUGUAUUGAGUAACGUAUUUACACUUUGUGUUUGUGGCACGUCCAAUUAUGCAUCUGUCAAUGUCUAAAUAAAGUAUGAAAAAAUUGCAAGGAAUGAUGGGGUAUAAG